GGUAUAAAUAGGGUCCGCCAAAGUCGGGAAUUUUCGACGUCAACAGAGAGGGAGAAGCGCUUACAGUUUCCGCAGCCGUGGAAUGCAGCAGAGAGGAAGACUAAACAACCGAAGAUCCAGGAGCUUUUCUAGAUCUCGCCUCGCCGUUGAGGGUUCAUAGGCUUUAGUUAUAUUCCUCGGCCCUCCUCGCUCUCACAUUCUCCGUUUUGGUUCUAAUCAGUGGCAAUGGCUUCUGCUCAGAUUGGUGGUAAAAAACAAGAGCGCGAGGUGCAGAAGAACUACUGGACGGAGCACUCCGCGGAUUUGACUGUGGAGGCGAUGAUGCUCGACUCUCAGGCCUCGAAUCUUGACAAGGAAGAGCGACCUGAAGUACUUUCUUUGCUUCCCCACUAUGAAGGAAAAUCUGUCUUGGAACUUGGAGCUGGAAUCGGCCGUUUUACUAGCGAAUUAGCCCUGAAGGCUGGCCAGCUUAUUGCUCUGGAUUUCAUAGAAAAUGCUAUAAAGAAGAAUGAAAGCAUCAACAGGCACCACAAGAACGUCAAGUUCCUAUGCGCAGAUGUGACUUCUCCAGAGCUUAGCAUUUCCAAUGGAUCAAUUGAUUUGAUAUUCUCCAAUUGGCUGCUAAUGUACUUGUCUGAUAAAGAGGUGGAGAAUUUGGCUGCAAGGAUGAUUAAAUGGUUGAAGGUUGGUGGAUAUGUCUUCUUCAGAGAGUCAUGUUUUCAUCAGUCUGGAGACUCCAAGCGCAAAUACAACCCAACACAUUACAGGGAACCCAGAUUUUACACAAAGAUUUUUAAGGAUUGCCAAAUACGUGAUGAGUGUGGGAACUCCUAUGAACUAUCCCUUGUAAGCAGCAAAUGUAUAGGAGCUUAUGUACGAACUAAGAAGAACCAAAACCAGAUUUGCUGGAUAUGGCAGAAAGUCUUUUCACAGGAAGACAGAGGAUUCCAGAGGUUUUUAGAUAAUGUUCAAUAUAAAUGUAAUGGCAUCCUGCGCUACGAGCGUGUAUUUGGUCAAGGUUUUGUCAGUACAGGAGGAAUGGAGACCACCAAGGAAUUUGUUUCAAAGCUAGAGCUGAAGCCCGGUCAAAAAGUUUUGGAUGUUGGUUGUGGCAUUGGGGGAGGUGACUUUUACAUGGCAGAGAACUUCGAUGUCGAGGUUGUUGGCAUUGAUCUCUCCAUCAAUAUGAUUUCUUUUGCUCUUGAGCGGGCCAUUGGACGCAAAUGCCCAGUUGAAUUCGAGGUUGCCGAUUGUACCAAAAAAACCUAUCCAGAUAAUACUUUUGACGUAAUAUACAGCCGGGACACAAUAUUACACAUUCAAGAUAAACCUGCGCUGAUGAAAUCCUUUUACAAAUGGUUGAAGCCAGGAGGUAAGGUUCUUAUCAGUGAUUAUUGCAGAAGCGGUGGAACUCCCACAGACGAGUUUGCUGAGUAUAUCAAGCAGAGAGGUUAUGAUCUACAUGAUGUAAAGGCAUAUGGUCAGAUGCUGAGAGAUGCUGGCUUUGAUGAGGUUACUGCCGAGGAUCGCACCGAUCAGUUCAUUCGAGUUUUGCAACGCGAAUUAAGUACUUUAGAAAAGGAGAAGGAGGAAUUCGUUCAGGACUUCUCUGCGGAGGACUACAACGAAAUAGUAGAUGGUUGGAAAGCAAAACUAGCCCGGAGCUCCACCGGUGAGCAAAGAUGGGGACUCUUCAUUGCCAAGAAAAAGUGAUCAUAAUUUAUGCUUUAUUUUUAUUGCAGUUUUUUGUUUGAAAUCAUUUGGAACCUUGAGUUUCCUUACUUCACUUGAUACACAAACAAUCUUAAUAUCACUAUUUUGGUAUGUCUUUUGCUUCUGAUUUCAACAAUGUAGGUGGAAAUCAAACCAUCAACUUUUAGAAGGUAACAAUGUCUAAUCUACUCAAAUAUUGAUAGCGGUUGGGUGGCUUUAGUCGUGUAUUAGGUAUUGAUAAGUCGCUGUUAAGUGGACCACGAACAUUUGUGAUUGUGAAUUGUGCUGUGGCAUGGGGUAUGGAAAAGAUUCUAGGCCUCUUGUCCACACCCUUGCCUUUGCUCAUUCACGUGGAACUUUAUUCAAAAUUUCCUUGUCACCUUCA